CCGACCAGUUUAGUUCUAUUCGCGAUUCUGAAUAGUUGCUACAAAGCAUUCCUCCGAGCACAAACUCGUCGUUUACGAUACGAAAAUGUCGCUGUCUGUUGAUGAUGAAAUUCAGUGGCUGAGCAAAACAAUUCUGCCAGAGAUUCUAAAAAAUGGUCGCCUCGUGGAUAACUAUGAGGAAUCGAAGCUAAACACAUUCAGUGUGGGGGACAUUACGAUUAAAGUAAUCGGCAUUGAAGAGGCGUUCAUGUUGACGCAAUGCUACCGAGCUACAGUUCAUUUUGAAUACGCUGGUGAGCAGCAGAUUAGAAAAUUCGUCGUUAAGAAAACACCACAAAUACCACCAGAAGCUUACGUCGAUGCCCAGUUUGAAGAUCUAUUUCAUAAUGAAAUAACUUUCUACACUGAAAUUCUGCCAAUGAUCCAAAAACUGAGCAAAGGCAAAUUUGCUGCACCCAGAUAUUAUUAUAGCGAAAAUAACCCAACGUCUGCUACCGUAAUUCUGGGAGAUUUUGGGGCAGAUGGCUGGAGCGUAGCUAAGGCUAGAUAUGCUCUAAGUUUGGAGCAUGCUCAGGUUGCAGUAAAAUAUUUGGGCAGAUUCCAUGGCUUUGGCUAUGCCAUGAAACAUGAUCAGAAGGAACGCUUUGAGGAGCUAACGAAACAGUUUAGGGAAUCCCGCUAUGCCAACGAUACCAUAAAUCCAGAUUGGGCCUUGUCCGGAAAAGUUGCUCUUAAGCGUCUUGCGCUUGCGACGAAUAAAUACUACCCAGAAGUUGAUAACGAUUUCAUCAGAAAGUUGCAGAAGCUUACCAACAGCUACAUUGGCUAUGGUCGUCAACGUGUGGCACCCAGAGAACCGUUGGCUACCUUCUGUCAUGGUGAUUUCCUGAGGAAUAAUGUGGCCUUUAAGUAUGACACAGACAGCAGUGGAACCCCCUUGGAAACCAUGAUGUUUGAUUACCAGACAUUGCGACUCUCUUCGCCUAUGAUCGACCUUAGCGUAUUUCUGGCUGUUUCUGUUCUAGCAGAUGUACGCCACAAGCAUUUCGAUAGUCUUUUUGACGACUACAGCAAUGCGGUCAUCCAGAGCUUUACGGAUCAUUCAGAGCAACCAUUACCAGAUUACUUAAGCCGGGAGAAUUUGCUGAAGGAGUAUAUUCGAUUCUUACCCUAUUCGCUGAACAUUUCAGCAACGUUCUUGAUGUUGCUGGUCGAGCCCCCAGAUUUCACUGUAGAGGAAAUGUUCAAUGCCGUUAUAACUCAGGAGGAAACCAUACAGAGAACCAUGCAACAGGGUGGCGAAAUAGUUGAUCGCGAAAUUGCCCACCAAAUGAAGGAAUUGUUUGAUCUAAGUCGUUUGCACAAUGUUGAAAUCGAUGAAGAUAUUGAUAGCGCAGAUUGGGCUGAUGAAGCGAUUUUUGAAUAAACAUUCCAAUCACAA